CAAUUAAUCUUAUCAAUCUUGUAUCUAAAAGAAUUACAACUAUAUAAUGAGAAGAUAGGUGAUAAAAUAUUCAGUUUGGUUCUUAUUGAAAGACACUAAAGUGUUCCUUAAGAGCUGAAGUUUUUUUUUAAUCCGUUGCGUCCCAUCCGACGCCAAAAUGAUAGCAAAAAUCCUAAUUCUCGCCACGGUCGCCGUGGCCAACGCCAGACACGUCGUAGUGGAAACAGAGGGAGCUUCGACAACCAGUGACCUUUGUCCAGCGCAGGGCCACCACCUGCUUCCCCACGAGUGGGACUGCACCAAGUUCUACUACUGCGAGUAUGGGCAGAAGUGGGUCACGCCAAGGGACUGUGCUCCGGGGACUGAGUUCUCAUACGAAAUUCAGACUUGUACACACCCGGUUGCUGCCAACUGCCAACUGUCAGGAGUGCCACCUACUUCCGAAGAGAGUGAGGAGUCAGCGGAGACCGAAGCACCAACUGAGGUCCCAAGCACAGAGGCAGCUACUUUAGGACCCGUCAUUACCACUGAGGCCCCAACUGAGGUCCCAAGCACAGAGGCAGCUACUUUAGGACCCGUCAUUACCACUGAGGCCCCAACUGAGGUCCCAAGCACAGAGGCAGCUACUUUAGGACCCGUCAUUACCACUGAGGCCCCAACUGAGGUCCCAAGCACAGAGGCAGCUACUUUAGGACCCGUCAUUACCACUGAGGCCCCAACUGAGGUCCCAAGCACAGAGGCAGCUACUUUAGGACCCGUCAUUACCACUGAGGCCCCAACUGAGGUCCCAAGCACAGAGGCAGCUACUUUAGGACCCGUCAUUACCACUGAGGCCCCAACUGAGGUCCCAAGCACAGAGGCAGCUACUUUAGGACCCGUCAUUACAACUGAGGCCGCUACUGAGGUCCCAAGCACAGAGGCAGCUACUUUAGGACCCGUCAUGACCACUGAGGCCCCAACUGAGGUCCCAAGCACAGAGGCAGCUACUUUAGGACCCGUCAUGACCACUGAGGCCCCAACUGAGGUCCCAAGCACAGAGGCAGCUACUUUAGGACCCGUCAUCACCACUGAGGCCUCAACUGAGGUGCCAAGCACAGAGGCAGCUACUUUAGGACCCGUCAUGACCACUGAGGCCCCAACUGAGAUCCCAAGCACAGAGGCAGCUACUUUAGGACCCGUCAUCACCACUGAGGCCCCUACUGAGAUCCCAAGCACAGAGGCAGCUACAUUAAGUCCCGCCAUAACCACUGAGGCCGCCACUGAGGCCACUACAGAGGCCGCAACAGAGGCCCCUGAAGUAGAACUGCUUCCCAACGGUUGCCCAGUGGACUUUGACAUACAUCAACUGCUGCCGCAUGAGACUCGCUGCGACCAGUUCUACUACUGUGUGUUUGGGGAGAAGGUCGUCAGAGAUUGCCCGCCUAAUACAGCUUUCAACCCUGCUUUACAGGUUUGUGAUCAUCCUGAGAACGUUGACUGCGUUAACGCCUCCGGAUCCUCAGACGAAGCCUCCGGAUCCUCAGAGACUUCAGAAGAAGCCCCAGAAUCCUCAGAGACUUCAGGAGAAGAUCUCGAAGGCAGCGGAGAGGUUGACAUAGGCGUUGAGGAAUUCCUGCCGAACGGAUGCCCUGCGGACUUCGAUGUUCACAAGCUUCUGCCUCAUGAUUAUGAAUGUGCCAAGUUCUACUACUGCGUGUUUGGAGAAAAGGUCGAGAGGGACUGUGCCCCUGGAACAUAUUUCAGCCCUGCUUUACAGGUUUGCGACUUCCCCGAAAAUGUAGUGUGCGUGGGCAAAGCCGGUUCUAGCAUUGAGGCCUCGAGUGAAGAAAAAUCGGCCUCUGAAGAAGUAGGCCCCACCCUACCCAACGGAUGCCCUGCUGACUUCGAUGUUCAUCAGCUGUUGCCUCAUGAAAGCGAUUGUGCCAAGUUCUACUACUGUGUGUUCGGAGAGAAGGUCGAGAGGGAUUGUGCCCCUGGCACUCAUUUCAGCCCUACUUUACAGGUAUGCGUCUGGCCAGAAGACGCUGGAUGUGCCAAUGCCGGCAGCAACGAAAACGAAUCUACAGGAAGCGCUGAGAAUGGAAACAGCCAAGAAAACAGCGACGAAAAUGGUAACAGUGAAGAAACUAACAACAGCAGCGAGGAAGUCACUACUACCACUACCGCUGCCCCUGAAACUGACCCCACCACCCCUGCAACUAACUCCACCACCCCUGCUCCCAUAACCUUGCCUACUGAAGCACCAGAAAUAGAAUUGCUGCCUAACGGAUGCCCUGCUGACUUCGAUGUUCAUCAGCUAUUGCCUCAUGAAAGCGAUUGUGCCAAGUUCUACUACUGCGUGUUUGGAGAGAAGGUCGAGAGAGAUUGUGCCCCUGGGACUCAUUUCAGCCCUACUUUACAGGUAUGCGUCUGGCCAGAAGACGCUGGAUGUGCCAACGCCGGCAGCAACGAAAACGAAUCUACAGGAAGCGCUGAGAAUGGAAACAGCCAAGAAAACAGCGACGAAAAUGGUAACAGUGAAGAAACUGAUAACAGCAGCGAAGAAGUCACUACUACCACUACCGCUGCCCCUGAAACUGACCCUACCACCCCUGCAACUGACUCCACCACCCCUGCACCCAUAACUUUGCCUACUGAAGCGCCAGAAAUAGAAUUGCUGCCUAACGGAUGCCCUGCUGACUUCGAUGUUCAUCAGCUAUUGCCUCAUGAAAGCGAUUGUGCCAAGUUCUACUACUGCGUGUUUGGAGAGAAGGUCGAGAGAGAUUGUGCCCCUGGGACUCAUUUCAGCCCUACUUUACAGGUAUGCGUCUGGCCAGAAGACGCUGGAUGUGCCAACGCCGGCAGCAACGAAAACGAAUCUACAGGAAGCGCUGAGAAUGGAAACAGCCAAGAAAACGGCGACGAAAAUGGUAACAGUGAAGAAACUGACAACAGCAGCGAAGAAGUCACUACUACCACUACCGCUGCCCCUGAAACUGACCCUAUCACCCCUGCAACUGACCCCACCACCCCUGCAACUAACUCCACCACCCCAGCACCCAUAACGUUGCCUACUGAAGCACCAGAAAUAGAAUUGCUGCCUAACGGAUGCCCUGCUGACUUCGAUGUUCAUCAGCUAUUGCCUCAUGAAAGCGAUUGUGCCAAGUUCUACUAUUGCGUGUUUGGAGAGAAGGUCGAGAGGGAUUGUGCCCCUGGAACUCAUUUCAGCCCUACUUUACAGGUAUGCGUCUGGCCAGAAGACGCUGGAUGUGCCAACGCCGGCAGCAACGAAAACGAAUCUACAGGAAGCGCUGAGAAUGGAAACAGCCAAGAAAACAGCGACGAAAAUGGUAACAGUGAAGAAACUGAUAACAGCAGCGAAGAAGUCACUACUACCACUACCGCUGCCCCUGAAACUGACCCUACCACCCCUGCAACUGACUCCACCACCCCUGCACCCAUAACUUUGCCUACUGAAGCGCCAGAAAUAGAAUUGCUGCCUAACGGAUGCCCUGCUGACUUCGAUGUUCAUCAGCUAUUGCCUCAUGAAAGCGAUUGUGCCAAGUUCUACUACUGCGUGUUUGGAGAGAAGGUCGAGAGAGAUUGUGCCCCUGGCACUCAUUUCAGCCCUACUUUACAGGUAUGCGUCUGGCCAGAAGACGCUGGAUGUGCCAACGCCGGCAGCAACGAAAACGAAUCUACAGGAAGCGCUGAGAAUGGAAACAGCCAAGAAAACAGCGACGAAAAUGGUAACAGUGAAGAAACUGAUAACAGCAGCGAAGAAGUCACUACUACCACUACCGCUGCCCCUGAAACUGACCCUACCACCCCUGCAACUGACUCCACCACCCCUGCACCCAUAACUUUGCCUACUGAAGCGCCAGAAAUAGAAUUGCUGCCUAACGGAUGCCCUGCUGACUUCGAUGUUCAUCAGCUAUUGCCUCAUGAAAGCGAUUGUGCCAAGUUCUACUACUGCGUGUUUGGAGAGAAGGUCGAGAGAGAAUGUGCCCCUGGGACUCAUUUCAGCCCUACUUUACAGGUAUGCGUCUGGCCAGAAGACGCUGGAUGUGCCAAUGCCGGCAGCAACGAAAACGAAUCUACAGGAAGCGCUGAGAAUGGAAACAGCCAAGAAAACAGCGACGAAAAUGGUAACAGUGAAGAAACUGACAACAGCAGCGAAGAAGUCACUACUACCACUACCGCUGCCCCUGAAACUGACCCUACCACCCCUGCAACUGACCCCACCACCCCUGCAACUAACUCCACCACCCCAGCACCCAUAACUUUGCCUACUGAAGCACCAGAAAUAGAAUUGCUGCCUAACGGAUGCCCUGCUGACUUCGAUGUUCAUCAGCUAUUGCCUCAUGAAAGCGAUUGUGCCAAGUUCUACUACUGCGUGUUCGGAGAGAAGGUCGAGAGAGAUUGUGCCCCUGGAACUCAUUUCAACCCUACUUUACAGGUGUGCGACAGGCCGGAAAACGCUGGAUGUGCCAACAUCGGCGGCGGAGAAGGAUCUGGUGACAGCGCCGAGAAUGGAAGCCAAGACGCCAGCAAUGAAAAUAACAACCAAGAAUCUGGAGCUAACGAAAGCGCUGAAAGCGGCAGUCAACAAGAAUCAGACAAAUGUAAGACUGCUUGCAAUGUAGGUGCAUGGGCCCACGAACAUGAUUGCGACAAAUUCUGGCGCUGUGACGGAGAAAACGCGGUCUUAGGCACAUGCGCUGAAGGUCUACAUUUCAAUGUGCAGACUCAGACUUGCGAUUUCAUCUGCAAUGCUGGCUGUGUGAGAGAUGAUGUACAAAGUACUGCGGAAAAAGAAGGUUUGAAGUUGUUCCUGCCUUGGAAUAAGGUUGAUAAGACUAUCAGAAAAUUAUAUCUUGGACAGUAGUCAUUCUUGAA